GUUUGUUGUCAGAGGAUUUUCGAACCGCAUAUGGACAUUUCCUUCGUUCACUGUUACUCCCAAAACAGUGUUUUGUAUAUAGGGAUCAACAAUGUUUUUAACAAAACUGUCACAGCAAAAUUUUCAAACUUAAUUUUUCCUGGAAUUCAAUUUUUGUUAUAUGUCCAGAUAGAUCUUAACAGUUUAUAUAUAUCUAUUUAUAACUGAUACGUGUCUCUGUAACAUUCUUUUCAGGAAUCAACCUAUAUAACCUUAUUUUUGGGCACGCUAAGUACUAUCUAAUUUAUAGUGAACCGUGACCCGAUUCUUAUUACUAAUUUUAGAGAAUUUUCUGCAUACAGCAUGAGAAACACGUAUCUCGUCCUUAUCACCGGCUUAAUUUUAUUCAGUGAUCGUCAGUACCUAACUAUUGCACAAACGGAUGCUGAUGAUAGUUCAACUCCAUUUCGUUGGUUUAAACCAGAUAAUUUUGAUAUCAUUUCUCGUAAAAUGGACCAAGCCAAUCCAAACAAUUGCGAGACAAUGUCUGAAGCUGAUUUGCGCCUACCACCAACGUCACUUAGUCAAAUUCCACAAUAUAAUGAAAUUCCACUCAGGCAGUGGUUUACAAAUCGUUCAAAAUUACUACACCUACAUAAUUUAGCGUUAAAUCGUGCAUUUUUCUAUAGUUAUAUAUUACAACGAUUAGAUCACCCAACCAGAGAUCCCCAGUAUUUACCAUCACUAAUGUAUUAUUAUUUGUCCUCAUCAGCUGAUAUAUCUUCAGGUCCUAAUGUUAUUAAUAUAAGUGGUGUAUUUAUGGAUACCAAUACAACGUACGCAAAUUGGUAUGAACUUAAAGAUAUUAACAAAACCCUACCAUUAUUUGCACCACUAGCUAGAAGACUAGAUAAUUGGAAUGAUGAAAUGAAUUUCUUGAGAAUACCAACUAAUGCUACAAUUGAGAUAACUGAUCUUGGAGCUGGUCCAAAUAAUAAUUAUACAGCAUCAUGGUACAAAAAUAACCCGUAUAUACGUGAUCGCGAGAUGGGUAUAGAUUUUAUUCCUGAUAGACGUGGGACAGCACCUAGUAAAAAUCAAUAUACUACAAAGAUCCAACUUGCAACUAUAAGCGGCGAUCCAAUAAAAACGUUGGAAAAUAUCAAGUUUUAUGGUCCGAAUGCACCUGGCGUUAAAGAGACUUUUCUACCUGUUCGGUUUACUCGUCCUUAUUAUGAUUGUGGGGGAACAAAUCGAUGGAUCGUAAGUUCUGUAGCAGCACUGACAGAUUUUAUGCCACGUUAUUCAAACAUUACGAGACUUCGAGGCCCAAGAAUGAUUGGUGUUGUUGUACAAAGUAUGGACUUUUAUCGAAUUGAUUUUAAUCCAUGCCCACCAGGAUUAGGAAAUCCGAACCAUUAUUUGGCUGGAAUCGCUCGAUGUAAACCAACAACUUUGUGUGUACCACUUCCAGGUUUUGGUUUUAGACGUGGAGGUUAUCAGUGCGUUUGUCAACCAGGACAUCGUUUACCAUAUGAACAAAAUGGACCGUUUCGAGGUGUUGAUAUUGAAGCAGCAACAGAAGAAGAAUAUCGUAAUAAUUUCGAUUGCAUUCCAGUUGGUUGGCGUGAAGUUAUACCUGAAGAAACUGGUAUGAAAAAUAACCUGGAAAGAUUUCGUCGGUCGAUAAAUGAACAAACAAAAACAUUAUGGAAUAAACUUAAAGAUCCAUCUGUUCAUUUAUUCAAUAUGUUACUGACAACAUUUGGAACAUUCAAACAGAAUAUCUUUCCAACACCACCAAAAUUAGAUGAAUCCAUGUUAAUCAACGAAUUAUCAGAUAAACCAUUUAAAACAACGAAUUUAGAUGAUCAGCCAUUAGAUCGUCUUGUUCCUGGAUAUCGAUCAGUUUCACAUUUAUUACCGUUGGAACAAAGUGAUUUUAAUUUAACGUAUACAGAAGAAAUUUAUGAUGAUGAAUUUUUCGACAAUGAUACUUAUACACUUAUCAAUAGAGUGAAUAAUAUAGAUAAUAAAGAUCAGUCUAAUGAUAUCAAAAAACGUGUACGACGAAAUGUUGAUACACCAUUUUACACAGUUGGAGUUGGUACAGUAUUUGAUGCAGACAGAUAUUUUGAAGUUCAACGUUUAAUUGCCCAUGUACGCAAGGUGACUAGUCAAAAUUGUCAUCUAAUGUCAGCAGAUCAAUUAAUUUUACCUGGUGAAGUUAGUUACGGUGUUGAAAAACAAUUUGAAAUGGUUGGACGAACAGCAUUACGUUUAUCACAUUUUCUUAGUGCUUAUUAUCAAAAUAAUGUUGUCGGUGAACUUUAUGGCAGUUUAAAAACUGGUUUUCCAAUUAAUCGUUUCCAAUUGUUUGGUGAAGUAUUUGCCAAUGUUUUAUCAAAUUUCGACAUUGUAUCAAGUGGAAUAUUUUUCGAUUAUCAAAUGUUUACUGAUCAUGAUGGUACAACAUGGGAUUUAUUUGCUCCGUAUGCAUAUAAACCACUUUCAGCAAGUCAAGCAGCUGAAGCAAUUGAUAUGAGUAUAAAUGCUUAUCGAGAUUAUACAGAAAAACCGUGGUUCCGAACGUUGAAGUCAAGAUGGGCAUCAAGUCGUCAGAGUUUAGAGCGAAUCACCGCGAAACCAUUUAUUAGAAGUGAUGUGAAUGGCAGUCAACUGCAACGUUAUUUCACAUUUCCUAUUUAUUAUCGUGUCCCACAUUAUGAAGAAGGGUAUUGGACACAACCAUAUUUCGACUGUGAUGGGCUAGUAAAAGAUUGGCUUAUUACAUAUGCGACGCCUUUUUUCGGUGUUGUUGGUGAAGAGAAAGCUUUAAGAUUUAUGGGUGUUGUAACGGCUUCUGUGAAAUUAACAUCACUGGAUAUAAAUCAAUGCCCUCAAUCAUUCUAUACACCAAACUUCUUUAAAAAUACAGCAAGAUGUGACUUUCGAAGUACAUAUUGUAAAUUAAUACCAAGACAUUAUUUCUUAUCUGGUAGUUAUAAAUGCGAAUGUCGACAAGGUUUUGAAUAUCCACUAAACGAUCGCACAUGGUAUUUUCAUGGUGAAAUGAUGGAACGUGAAUAUCAAUUAAUGUUAGCUGGUAAACCUAAUCGUUAUGAAUUGUUACGAUGUCGUCAAGGUGUCGCAAGUGGAUUAACGAGUUCAUCAAUUCAACUACUUGUAUUCAUUAAUGUUCUAGUGAUUUCUUUGUAUUCAUCAUGAUGAAAUAAUUUUAAAGUACUUUUUUAAACUUUAGUACAAGUUCUAUCAAGACUAAAAUAUAUAAUUACAAGUGUUUUUUUAUUUCAUGAAAUAUUUUGUAAAUAAAAUGUUUACUGCUUGUUUGUUUUUGAAA